UGGCGCCGCGGUACGACACUUUCCCCACCACAACAUGAUGACGCACCCGGACUUUUCCCGCGUUUUCCCCGCAUGGACGCCGCUUCCCUCGUUAUCCCUGUGCUGAGGGACCAACCGCCUGCAAGAAACGCCUUAAGUACCUUGAAGGAAGAUUUAUCCUGGAUGAAAUGGAAUUUACUCCCAAGAAACGGAGUAUUCCCACUUAUAAUAAUGGUCGCCACACUCCAUACUCCAGUGGUGGCCAGGCCCAUUAUAAAAGGUUGAAGAGGAUUAACCAGUCUGGCUCUCCUCGCAGCCCAUAUCUUGUAAGCCCACCUCAGACAUAUUCACAGAAACGUUUUAUGACUCGUACAGAAAGGAUUGUCAGCCUCUCCACAAAGACUGCUAAUGCUAAUGAACGGUUAGUGACACCAGAAAAGAAAAUAAUCAGGAAUAGUCCAUCACCUCAGAGCACCAAGAGACCAUUUAUUGACGUCAACAGUGUUGAGCGUGUCAAGGGGUCAUAUUCAUCUCGGCCCGGUGAUCAAGAUGCAGACACACCGCAGAGCACCAAGAGGCCAUAUAUUGCAGUCAAGACUGAUGAGUGCCCAUCACACCUCAGUGAUAGAGAUACUGACAUUUUUGAUGGCAAAAGUAAACACAAUGAUGAAAAUGAUCCAUAUAUUUUUAACUCCAGUCUUGACUGUGAUACCUAUGACAAAAGAACCAAGCGAGAUGAAAAGAACUCCAUCUUUCCAAAGACAAGUGCCGUAAAGUCAUAUCCCAACAAAAAGAAGCAGGUUGACAUCUCCCGACCAAGACUCCUGGUAGAUGUUAUGCCAGAUAAGGUAGAAAAAGCUUAUGGGGUCAACUAUAAAUCUGAAGCAGAAAAAGAGAAUGUGCCUGCACAGACGAGAGAACUGGUGUCUUCGCCUGAAUCUGCCAUCAAGAGGCAAUUCAUUGCAGCCAAGACUGAGGAGUGUGCCAAAGUGUCUUUUCCAUCACACACCAGUGAGCGAGAUACAGUUACUUUUGAUGGCAAGAAGAAAGUGAGUGACGAGAAUGAUCCUUAUAAUUUUUGCUCCAGUCUUGAUUCUGAUACUUCUGACAAAAGAGCCAAGCCAGAUAUUGACAAGGAGAACAGCAUCUUUCCAAGGACAAGUGCCAUGAAGUCGUAUCCUAGCAAGAAGAAGCAGGUUGAUAUCUCCCGAUCAAGACUCCUGGCAGAUAUUUCCCCAGACAAGGUGGAGAAGGCUUACGGGCCCAGCUUUAACUUUGAGGCUGAAAAGGAGAAUGUGCCAGCAGAGACCACAACAACAGGAGACUUACUGACUGCCCCUGAACCUGCCACCACCCUACCACACCUCAUUGGAUUUCCUAACUAUGGCAAUACCUGUUACCUGAAUUCAGUGGUUCAAGCUCUGUUUGGAUUGUCACCCUUUGUCGGGGACUUGCAGAUGGUGUCUUCCCAGCUCAACUUGCCCACCACCUCCCUUUCCUCAGGUCUCAAUCAAGUUGUAGCUACUCGCAAGAAGGGACAAGUGCCAUUGGUGAAACAGUCAUUGAAGACAGUAAAGGAAAAUCUUGUGCGUGUUGAUGGAUCCUUCUCUGGUUUUAAAAUGCAGGAUGCUAAUGAGUUUUUGACUCGUGUCCUCGAUACAAUAAAGGACGAAAUUGAUCGCAGCCACAUGACCACUCCAAGUCCUAACCGCUCCCUCACCUCUAAGGAUGAAGACUUUGAUGAAGCACUGUUCCCUGCCAUCCCAAGGUGCCAAAAACUCUUGAAUAGGGUUGAAAGUAAUUUUGAAAAUGAAGUGAACAUCCACUCCAAAGACAAGAGUUCUGCAAUCAAUAGGAAAGACAUUGAACAGGUGCAGGUGGGACAGAGGGCCUCUGUAGGGCAGGAGACUUCUCUCAGUGAAUUGAUGUCAUCUGAGCCUGAAGCUGAGAGUGAACAACUUCACCUGAGUGUUGCACAGGCCAUUACUCCUAGCAAACAGUGUGGUGAGCAUACUUUGCCCAGGAAUCCCAUUAAGGAUAAUUUUGAGUUUCAACUCUUUGAAUCCUACAGGUGCCUUGGGUGCAAUGAAGUGGAAGGAAAGAAACAAGAGUAUUUUGGACUCUAUGUGAACUUACCAGAGGAAAAUAAUGAAAGUAUUCAAGAUGCCUUAUCAACCUGCAUGGGUGAAGAUGAGAGAGACCUCAAGUGUGAGAAGUGUGGCCACAAUCGCUCCUCAGUAAUGACUUCAAUUACCAGAUUACCGAGAAUACUCAUUGUGCAGCUAAAGAGAUACGAGUACAAAGCAGACCAGGGAGAAAGCAUCAAGAGGUCAUGGAGGGUUCCUAUCACACGUUGGCUUAAUUUAGACGAUUAUGUUUGUGAUGCCACACCACCAUCAUUAUGGAGUCCACAGUCUGCAAGCAUUACUCCUCGAGCCAGCAAGCAGACCACCCUCACUGUGCGCAACCUGUCCUCGGAGCUGAAUGUGUGUGAGGGACGCAAGGAGCAAGAAGAACCUUCCGUAUGUUCCUCAAGUAUUAUCAGACCUGCCGAAAAUCCUAUUCCUCUUCCUUCGUCUGAUAAAGAAGAUGAGGAACUUCAGGAAGUGAUGCGGCGAAGUAUGGAUGACGUUGGAGGCAGUAGGGAAGAGGAUGAAAUCCAACAAGCUAUUAGACUUUCCUUGCAAGAUCUUGGUAUGAGCUAUACUCACGAGAACCAGAACCAAACUAGUGAGGAGCAGGUUAAGGAAGAUGAAAUUCCUACACAGCAGUCAGAAGAGGAGGAGGUCAGCAGUCACCAGCAUGCAUUCCGUCUCAUGAGUGUUAUUAGUCAUUUUGGAUGCACCACAAACACUGGACAUUAUGUAGCUGAUGUCUACAACUGUGAAGAGAAAAGCUGGUUCCAUUAUGAUGAUGAAGCAGUAUCCAAAAUACCUGAGAGUGUGGUAUUAGCAGAGGGGAGACAAAAGAAUGGAUACAUUUUCUUCUAUGUCCACAAGGACAUCUUCCAAGAGAUAGAAAGGAAAGCCAGCCUCCACAGAUAAUGAAGAGUACUACAGGUGCAUUUAUUUCAAUAUGUCUGUACACUAAGAGACUUGUGUAUAUAAUGUGGCUAUGUAAAUAAUGAAGAACUAUUUUUUUGUUUAGAAUUAAUGAAGAUAUUUUUAUUGAUAGAUGAUGGUAUGUGUAUCAUUGUGAAAUAAUUUUCUCCAUAUUAUUUAGCAUUAAGGUAGUCCUGUUAUAUAUAUGCUCUCUCUCUCUCUCUCUCUCUCUCUCUCUCUCUCUCUCUCUCUCUCUCUCUCUCUCUCUCUCUCUCUC